AAAGGUGGCUUGUUGAGCACGCUUUCUUCGAAACCCUUAUUCUAAAUAUAUUUAUCUAGUCAACACAAUUGAACUGCAUAUUUAGGCUGAAGGAAUUUUAAAGAAAACAGUAAUGAAUGUCUCUGUUUCAUGCAUGUGAAACAAUGUUUCGUUCUAUCUCGAAUCAUUUCUUAUCUGCCCGACUAUUGUGUAUAAUUUUAUUUUCUUCUUCUGUAAACUGUAUUCAAUAAUAUUUUGAGGACUUUUGCUGAAUUAAAUAUCAUAUAUCUUGGAUUUGAUUGACACUUGUAAUUUUAUACUCUUAGUAAGGUUUUCUAAAAUAAAAGUGAUGCUUCAUUGUUAAAUUAAGGCCAUGUUCUUUUAACAGUCGCACGAUUCUAACUAGCUACUGCCUUUUAAACACUGUGUUUUGUCUUUUUUUUUUUUUUCUCUUAAAGCUAGGUUAUGUCGUACAACUCUGUAAAUUGGAGAAGAAGAUAAGAAAUAGUACAUAUCUGAAAAUGACAAUUUGAUUUUAAAAAACAAGCGACUUCAAUAGAAAAGCUUGGGUUGUGUCGCUGAUUUAUCCAGCGAUUCCAAAUUCUUGAGAUUCAAUCGCAGCGACAGAAAUUAGGAUAGACGAAGAAGAGGUGAAGAAGGGAUGAAGGAGAUGUAAAGGCCAUUUUUUUAAUAUUCAGUCGCUGUCGCUGAGAUUAACGCCCGAACAGGGCCUAAAUAAGAGUCAAGAAAGAACAGACCACGAGGAUAAUGAUAUUGAUUUAAGUCCCUUUCCUUCAACGACACUUUGAACAACUUCCCUUCUCUUUCCACUCGAAUAUUGUAUUCCAGAUACAUGCAUGAGAUUACCAACCACUUUUGCUACUUGCUUUGGGUUUCAAUUUCACAUAAUAACGACGAAAACAUGAAUUGACUUCUUCUUUUGAGUUUUUCCUCUGAUCAGUUUCACAAAUGUUCUUUAUAAUUCACAAAAUAACUUUCUAUAUUGAAUGCCUUUUCCAGAUAACAACCAUGUAAAAUCAAUGUAACAACCAUGCCAAAAGUUAGAGGUCUCUUCUAUGAUUUUGAAGAAUCUGUGUAACAAUUUCUUAUAGAUGUAAGUGGGAGUUUUAUUUGAAAUAGAGUAUCUAUAUUCAUUUAUAUACAAUAUAAACUAUAAUUUUAUUUUGGAAAAUAGUCAGCUACACAUAAGAAAAAAUCAACAAAUCUAUAUGUAAUUAAGUAUACUUUGCCGAAUUAAAAAAGAUUUUGGAUCCACCAAUGGCUAUCUUUGCUCUCGUAGCAGAAAGAUUCGAUUGGUACCAAAAAGUCUCCUUUAGACUUGGUCACGAGACUCUACAAGCUUCUUUCCUUCUCCUUUCCAUGAAAUUUACAAGAAAAGUGUUUCCUAACUUCAUUUUAAGUGUUUCCUCUCAGUUAACUGUGACUUUCCAAGAAAUAUUUUCUUUUUUUUCCUUUGCCUAAUGGCUUCUUCUUCCUCCACUUCCCGCAAUUGGGUAUACGAUGUGUUCCCGAGCUUCAGUGGGGAAGACGUCCGCAUAACUUUCCUCAGCCACUUUCUCAAAGAGCUUGAUCGUAAAUUGAUUAUUGCUUUCAAAGACAACGAGAUUGAGAGAAGCCAGUCGCUUGAUCCCGAGCUUAAACAAGCGAUCAGGACUUCAAGGAUCGCGGUGGUUGUGUUUUCGGAGAAGUACCCAUCUUCCAGCUGGUGCCUGGACGAGUUGCUGGAGAUCGUGAGAUGCAAGGAAGAAUUAGGUCAACUGGUUAUACCGGUUUUCUACGGUUUAGAUCCAUCUCAUGCCAGGAAACAAACCGGAAAAUUUGGAGAGGCUUUUGUGAAGACUUGUCAAAGAAAAACAGAGGAUGAAACAAAACUUUGGCGGCAAUCCUUGACAGAUGUAGCAAAUGUCCUAGGAUAUCAUUCUCAAAACUGGCCUAAUGAAGCACAGAUGAUUGAAGCAAUCGCCAAUAAUGUCUUGGGUAAAUUGAAUUCCAUUCCAACAAAUGAUUUUAAGGACUUUGUUGGAAUGGAAGAUCAUAUUGCAAAGAUGAGUGCCUUAUUGCAUUUGGAAUCCAAGGAAGUGAGGAUGGUUGGGAUAUGGGGCUCCUCAGGAAUCGGCAAGACUUCCAUUGCAAGAGUUUUAUAUAGUCGGCUUUCUCAUCGGUUCCAAAGUAGUGUUUUUGUAGACAGGGCUUUCAUAUCUAAGAGUACGGAAAUUUACAAUAGUGCCAAUUCGGACGACUAUAACAUGAAGUUGCAUUUGCAAAAAGUUUUUUUGUCUAAAAUUUUAGACAAAAAAGACAUAAAGAUACAUCAUUUAGGUGCAGUGGAGGAGAGGCUAAAGCACCAUAAAGUUCUUAUAUUCAUUGAUGAUUUAGAUGAUCAAGUGGUUCUAGAUACUUUGGCAGGUCUAACUCAAUGGUUUGGAUAUGGAAGCAGAAUCAUUGUGAUUACAAAAGACAAGCAUUUUUUAAGAGCCCAUGGGAUUGAAUAUAUUUACAAUGUUUGUCUCCCAUCUAAUGAGCUUGCCCUCAAGAUUUUUUGUCGAUCGGCUUUCAGGAAAAACUAUCCACCUGAUGGUUUGAUGGAGCUUGCUUCUGAAGUUGCCUUGUGUGCUGGCAAUCUUCCUUUGGGUCUAAACGUUUUGGGUUCGCAUCUACGGGGUAGGGACAAAGAGGAUUUGAUGGAUAUGCUGCCGAGACUUCGAAAUGGUUUGGAUGGUAAAAUUGAGAAGACAUUAAGAGUCAGCUACAAUGGAUUAAAUAACCAAAAAGAUAAAGCGAUAUUUCGUCACAUUGCAUGUCUUUUCAAUGGUGAAAAAGUCGAUGACAUCAAAUUGCUACUAGCAGACAGUGGGUUGGAUGUUAAUAUCGGGUUGAAAAACCUUGUGGAUAAGUCUCUCAUACAUGUAAGAGAGGAAAUUGUUGAGAUGCACUCUUUACUACAAGAAAUGGGUAAGGAGAUCGUCCGUUCACAGUCUAAUGAGCCUGGCGAACGUGAAUUCCUUAUGGAUGCAAAAGAUAUAUGUGAUUUGCUUGAAGAUAGCACUGGUACAAAAAAAGUUUUAGGUAUAACAUUGGAUAUGGAUGAGAUUGAUGAAUUGCAUAUACACGAGAAUGCCUUCAAAGGGAUGCACAAUCUUCUUUUUCUAAAAGUUUACACUAAGAAAUGGGAUAAGAAGACAGAAGUGCGAUGGCACUUACCGAAAGGCUUCAACUACUUGCCUCAUAAACUUAGAUUUUUAAGGUUGGAUGGAUACCCAAUGAGAUGUAUGCCUUCUAAAUUUCGCCCUGAAAACUUGGUGAAACUCGAAAUGUCGGGGAGCAAACUCGAGAGACUGUGGGAAGGAGUUCAUUCAUUUAGAGGACUAAGAGAUAUAGAUUUGCAAAAAUCUGAAAAUCUGAAAGAAAUCCCAGACCUCUCUAUGGCAACCAGUCUCAAGACACUUAAUCUUUGCGAUUGUUCAAAUUUGGUUGAGCUUCCUCUCUCUAUUCAGUAUCUCAAUAAACUGGAGAAGUUGGAAAUGUCAGGAUGCAUAAAUCUGGAGAAUCUUCCCAUCGGGAUAAACCUCAAAUCUCUUGGUAGGCUUAACCUUGGUGGAUGUUCACGGUUGAAGAUUUUUCCUGAUAUCUCAACCAACAUAUCAUGGCUCAUAUUAGACGAGACUGGGAUUGAAACAUUCCCCUCCAACUUGCCUUUAGAGAAUCUUUUUCUUCAUUUAUGUGAAAUGAAGAGUGAAAAAUUGUGGGGAAGAGUGCAGCAGCCACUUACACCUCUCAUGACCAUACUGCCUCACUCUUUAGCAAGAUUGUUUCUUUCCGAUAUCCCAAGUUUAGUGGAGCUUCCCGCCUCUAUUCAGAAUUUCACUAAACUUAAUCGUUUGGCAAUUGAAAAUUGCAUAAAUCUGGAGACUCUUCCCUCUGGCAUCAACUUUCCAUUGCUACUUGACCUUGAUCUUAGGGGAUGCUCACGGUUGAGGACUUUUCCUGAUAUCUCAACCAACAUCUAUAUGCUCAAUGUACCUCGAACAGGGAUUGAAGAGGUUCCUUGGUGGAUCGAGAAAUUCUCUAACCUCGUUCGGCUUUGUAUGGGUGGAUGCAACAAAUUACAAUGUGUAUCCCUACACAUUUCUAAACUGAAACAUCUCGGGGAUGUUGACUUUUCAGACUGCGGGGCAUUGACUAAAGCUAGCUGGAUUGAUAGUUCAAGUGUUGAGCCAAUGGCAUCAGACAAUAUUCAAUCUAAACUACCAUUCCUUGGCGAGGUCCCCUCGUCUUUUCCGGACAACUUGAUCAACUGCUUCAAUUUCAACUUCGAACAAAUACCUAUCAUUGAUCCACAAGUUGAUUCCAAGUACAUAAGGUUGUCAGGUGAAGAAGUUCUUUCGUAUUUCACUCACCGAACUACUGGUAUGUCUCUGACCAAUAUCCCUCUACUUCAGACAUCUUUCACUCAACCGUUCUUCAGAUUUAAGGCUUGCGUUGUCGUUGACUCCAUAUCUUCACCUCAUAAUGUUUUUCAAUUUCGCAUCCACGUAUCUUGUCGGUUCAAAGGUAGACUUGGCAACCACUUUGAUUCCCCUUAUCAACCAUGUGGGUUUGUGAAACGGAAGGGUAUCCACCUUGUUAUAUUCGAAUGUUGUUUCUCUAUAAAAGAAGAGAACGAUGCUUCUCUAACUGAACUAAACUACGAUCACGCGGAUAUAGAGUUUCGUUUAAGUAAUAGUAGUUACUCUACGUCCGUAUUGAAAGAAUGGGGUAUACGACUCUCAGAUGACUUUUCAUCACCGGUGAUCCAACCUGGUGAUGGAAAUAAUCUUCCAGAUGUUUUUGAAGCCGAUGACGACAAUAUGGUUAAUGAGACUGAACAUAGCGAAGAAUCUGGAGACAGCAAUGUUGAAAUAGAGAGAAGCAAGAAAAGAAUCAGGAUUACUGAGGAAGAACACCAAUAAAGUCAAUGGAGAGACAUUUUCAGCAGUUGAAAAAGAGAAGAUGAAAAAGCUCAAGAUAAUACUUUGGUGCUGAGAAUGGAUUUGCCAAGCCGGGAUGACUUGGCUUUACAUAGUUACCAUAUGGAUAUCUCUGUUUCAGACAAACAAAAGCUUUGCAGAAACUUUGUUCUUCUAUUAUUCUCGAUUGUUGAUGCUGCUGGGCAAUGGUAACCUAGCUUUCCCAGCACGUCAACCAAAUUUGUAAUUGUGGUCAAAUUUUUAUUUGCAUUAAUUUUCAAUAUUAAUAACGAGUGAUGACAUGUAUUUCGAGCCUUUUGUGAUGUUUGUGAUGCUAUAAUGUUCAUUUCUUGUUUCUUGUUUACGAUUUUCAUGUUUUGCUUUUUUU